UCCAUCCCGUCCAAAAAAAAGAAAAUAAAGGGAUUUUCCCCCCCAUUCCCCUCGGGCUUCCUCUCAUUUGAGGGCUGAUUUCACCUUUUAAACCUUUCUCAAACUCAGCAUUUGUGGAAAUUAAAAUUCCCUAAUUCCCCGCCUCAGCCAGGGCAGCCCCGCAGCGCUCCUCCCUCCAUCCAGUCAAAAAAAAAAAAAAAAAGGGAUUUUUCCACCCAUUCCCAUCGGGAUUCCUUUCUCCCUUGAGGGUUGAUUUUACCUUUUAGACCUUUAACAAACUCAGCGUUUGUAGUAAAUAAAAUUUCGUAAUUCCCGUUAUUCCCCCCCCUCAGCCAGGGCAGUCCCGCAGCGCUCCUCCCUCCCUCCAUCCAAAAAAAUUGGAUUUUUCCCCCCAUUCCCCCCGGGCUUCCUCUCAUUUGAGGGCUGAUUUCACCUUUUAAACCUUUCUCAAACUCAGCGUUUUCCCUUCCUGCCCAGCCCUCAGCGGGGGCGGGAAGGGGCGUGGGGAGCGCGGGGAUUCCCCUGAGGGAGGGCGGCGCUCCCUGAGGGCAGCGGGCGGCGGGAAUGGCGCUGCCGAGGAUUCCCUGGAAUUUUCCUUUUCCCGUUCUGUGCCUGCUCCUGGCCGUGCCCGUUCCCGCUUCCCGGGGUUUGGAAUGCCGGGAACACCAGCACCGCUUCCAUGGGCGCUGCUGCAGCGACUGCGCCCCCGGGGAGAGGAUGCGCAGCCGCUGCACGGCCUGGGCAGACACCGUGUGCUCGCCGUGCCAGGUCGGAUAUUUCAGCGCCCGCCACCACCACGGCUUCUGCCGCAGCUGCACCGUGUGCCAGGCCCGGAAGGGCAGCGUGGAGGUGAAGCCGUGUGAGAGGACCUCGGACAGGGUGUGCGUGUGCCAGGCGGGAUUCCAGCCCUCGGGAACGCCCGCGGGGAGCGAGUGCUCCCGGUGUCCCGAGGGGACUUUCUCCAAAGGAAGGAACGAGAACUGCCAGCCUUGGACCAACUGCAGCAGUUCCGGGAGGAGCACGCUCCGAGCUGGCUCGGCCACGGAGGACGCCCUGUGCAGCAGCCCUGGCCUGGAAUUCCCAGGAAACAGGGAUCCCCUUCCCACGGAAUUCCCAGGGAACAGGGAUCCCCUUCCCACGGAAUUCCCAGAGAAUGGCUCCAGAGCGUCCAGCCCCAGCGACGUUCCUGCCGUUUGUCGGGAUCCCGGCAGCGCCGCCGAGCCCAGCUGGGGUAAGGAGAGCUGGGAAGGGAUUUCCAGCUGGAGCUGCUUUCCUGGGAAGGGAAUUCCCACUUUUCUGGCUUUCACACAGUCCAGGAUCCCACAUUUCCAGCUGGAGCUGCUUUCCUGGGAAGGGAAUUCCCACUUUUCUGGAUUUUGCACAUUCCAGAAUCUCACAUUUCCAGCUGGGCAGGGGAUCCGGCUGGAGCUGCUUUCCUGGGAAGGGAAUUCCCGCUUUUCUGGAUUUCACACAGUCCAGGAUCCCACAUUUCCAGCUGGAGCUGCUUUCCUGGGAAGGGAAUUCUCACUUUUCUGGAUUUCACACAUUCCAAGAUCCCACAUUUCCAGCUGGGCAGGGAUUUCCAGCUGGAGCUGCGUUCCUGGGAAGGGAAUUCCCGCUUUUCUGGAUUUCACACAUUCCAAGAUCCCACAUUUCCAGCUGGGCAGGGGAUCCGGCUGGAGCUGCUUUCCUGGGAAGGGAAUUCCCAAUUUCUCAGAAGCCCUUCCUGGUUUUUACACAACAUUCCAGGAUCCCACAUUUCCAGCUGGAGCUGCUUUCCUGGGAAGGGAAUUCCCACUUUUAUGGCUUUCACACAUUCCAAGAUCCCACAUUUCCAGCUGGGCAGGGAUUUCCAGCUGGAGCUGCUUUCCUGGGAAGGGAAUUCCCGCUUUUCAGGAUUUCACACAUUCCAGGAUCCCACAUUUCCAGCUGGAGCUGCUUUCCUGGGAAGGGAAUUCCCGCUUUUCAGGAUUUCACACAUUCCAGGAUCCCACAUUUCCAGCUGGGCAGGGAUUUCCAGCUGGAGCUGCUUUCCUGGGAAGGGAAUUCCCAUUUUCUCAGAAGCCAGACCUGGAUUUCACCAAACCUCCCAGAAUUUCCAGCUUUCCUGGGAAGUCAAAUCCCAUUUUUUCCAAAGCCAUUCCUGUAUUUCCCACAGCAUUCCAGAAUCCCACAUUUCCCUGGCAUGGAUUCUCCCUCUGCAAUCUGGGACGCUCUGGGGACUCCAAGCAGAACCAGGAAUCUUGGGGGAAUUUUUGGGAAUUUUCCCUUUUUAGGGAAUUUUUCCGUUCUAAUUCCAGGUUCUUUAUCCCUGCUCCUGCUGUGCCUGAUCCUGCUGCUGGUGAGUGGAAUUUCCAUCCUGCUCCUGAUCCUCCAGGCAGCCCGGAAAAAAACCAGGAAUGGCUCUGGGAGGAGCACCCAGCACAAGGACAGGAGCUGUCGCGUUCCCAUCCAGGAGGAGCAGAUGGAUCCCAAUUCCAGCCUGAUCAAAAACUGACUCCCGGAUUUUUGGUGUUCCCUGCAUUUCUGAGCCCACGGAUCCGAAGGAGCACCAGGACUAAUCCGGGCUGGUUUGACUUAAUUAGGAGUUAAUUAAGGGCUGGUUUAUCCUUUAAUUAACUCAAGGAUCUCCCUUUGGAAUUCGGGAGAAUCCCUUUGGGAUUUGGGAGAAUUCCUGAGGGAAUUUUGUGUGGGGGUUUUUUUGGGAUUUUUUUUUUUGCCCUUUUGGGCAAAUCCUUGCUCAGCAUCCCUGAAAAAUCCUCUGGGAAUGGAUUUCCAGGCCGGAAUUUCCAGCUGGAAAAUCGUGGAAAAUCCUGGGAGCAGACUGAAAACCGGGAUGGUUUAGGGAAGAGAAAAUCCUGGGAUGCUCCUGGGAAAAGAAGAAUGGGAAUUACCAACCCAGUCCUGGGAUUUGGAGGGUUUUAUGGGAAAAAAAAGAAAGAAUUUUACUCCUUCAAAGGUUUAAAAUCCCGAAAUUUUGAGAUGAUCAGGGUUUAAGGGUUAAGCUCAGCUCUAAAAUCAGGAUUAAGUGGCAAAGCUGAGCUGUAAAAUCAGGAUUUAGUGGCAAAACUGAGCCUAAAAUUGAGAUUAAGUGGCAAAGCUGAGCUGUAAAAUCAGGAUUAAGUGACAACUCCAUCCACACUUCCUGAAGUGAAUUUUCCCUCUCUAACUGGUUUCCCAUAAAUUUGGAGAGCAAAUUUUUAGGGAGCAAAUCCCAACCUCUGGAAUUUCUGGGAGGAGCCCCAAGUGCCCUUUUGCUGAAUUGGAAAUAUUUCCACGGAAAUUCCAGAAAAACUGAAUUUUUUAUCACUCAGGAGUGAUUUUCCCUCCAAAUAUCAGCUGCUAACUCCUCAGAAAUAAAAAAAAAAGGAAUUUUAAACACACAGCACUGAGGAGAUCCCCCAAAAAUCCAGCAGGGAAUGGAUCCAGAGGUGUUCAAAUCCAUGGAUUUGGGAUAUUUGGGAUAUUUUUAUAUGUCAUACAUAUAAAAGGGGUUUAUACAGUGUAUAGGAAGGUUUGUAUCGUGUACAAAGGGGGAAAUUUGGGAAUAAAACUCUGGAAAAACAAAUCCUGGUGUGUGUUCAGGGGGAAAACGGGGGGAAAUUCCUGCAGGGAAAUUCCUGGGACAGCCU